AGCUCCACGCACGCUCAUUGCAGCGUCCUGGAUUGCGCAUGCGCUAAGACCUGUUGAUACUUCGCGCAUGCUCGGUGCGGCGAGCCCGGCGCUGGGUCUGGGAAACGGCAAGAUGAUUAUGGCGCUGAGUAAAACGUUCGGCCAAAAGCCGGUGAAAUUCCAAUUAGAGGAAGAUGGGGAGUUCUACAUGAUCGGCUCCGAGGUGGGGAAUUACCUGCGCAUGUUUAGGGGCUCCCUGUACAAGAGGUAUCCUUCCCUCUGGAGACGCUUGGCCACAGUUGAAGAAAGGAAGAAAAUUGUAGCCUCCUCGCAUGGGAAGAAAUACCAUGGAUACACAACCUUGGCUACCAGUGUUACCCUAUUAAAAGCUUCAGAAGUGGAGGAGAUUCUUGACGGGAAUGAUGAAAAGUACAAAGCUGUCUCUAUUAGCACGGAGCCUCCAACUUACCUCAGGGAACAGAAAGCAAAAAGAAACAGCCAGUGGGUCCCAACACUGCCCAACAGCUCCCACCACUUGGAUGCAGUGCCCUGUUCUACUACUAUAAACAGAAACCGUUUGGGUCGUGACAAGAAAAGGACCUUCCCUUUGUGCUUUGAUGACCAUGAUCCAGCAGUGAUUCAUGAAAAUGCUUCUCAGCCAGAGGUGCUAGUUCCCAUCCGAUUGGACAUGGAGAUAGAUGGGCAGAAGUUACGUGAUGCUUUUACGUGGAACAUGAAUGAGAAGUUAAUGACCCCGGAAAUGUUUGCAGAGAUCCUCUGUGAUGACCUAGACUUGAAUCCACUUGCUUUUGUCCCAGCUAUUGCUUCAGCUAUCCGCCAGCAGAUAGAAUCUUAUCCCACAGACAGCAUUCUGGAGGACCAGUCUGACCAGAGAGUCAUCAUCAAGCUAAAUAUCCACGUUGGGAACAUAUCCUUGGUGGACCAGUUUGAAUGGGACAUGUCGGAAAAAGAGAAUUCACCAGAGAAGUUUGCACUGAAGUUGUGUUCAGAACUUGGCUUGGGUGGGGAGUUUGUCACCACCAUUGCCUACAGCAUCCGAGGGCAGCUCAGCUGGCACCAGAAGACUUAUGCAUUCAGUGAAAACCCCUUGCCAACAGUGGAAAUUGCCAUCCGAAAUACAGGUGACGCAGACCAGUGGUGUCCCCUCCUGGAGACCCUUACAGAUGCUGAAAUGGAAAAGAAGAUCCGUGACCAGGACAGGAACACCAGGUGCCACCGUCGUUUCAUACGCUUUUCCUUCCGGGCUUCCCGCCGGGGUAGAAUAUAGACAACAAGGUGGCACUUCCUCGGAGCGUCCAUGAGGAAGACUUUUCAGCUUUUGCGCACCAGCCUAUGAAGUGAUGUGUCUUUAUUCGUGUCUGCUGUCGUGCUUCAGCCAGUGGAGCUGCUGUUUUUAUCAUUAUCGCACUUUGCAAGUGACGUGUUGGUCUUUAAUUUGACUUUAGCUGGUGGGAUUGGACAUUUCUCCCAGUGCUCGCCAUUAGCUUAGUAGCACAUAACAUGCCCGAUGUAUUUCAACAGUAUUUGUUUAAACUAUAGUCCCCAUACUUGGACCCUUAAUGCACUUAAUUUAAACAGUCUAGCCCCUAUUGUCUCACAUUGAGAUAGUCAGACAUCCUCUUGCCCUCCAUUAUCUAUUAGUGGGACCCACAUUAUAUGGUGUGCUGCUGGAUUCUGUAGCAAACGUACAACCUUGUAACUGAGCAAUCUCUGUUCUUUUAGUGUCUUGCAUUUGUAUUGGUCAGGCUUUAGCAUUGUUUAUAGUGGUAGGCAAUACUUAAAAACUGGUGCCAAAAAUAUGUUUGUGAAAUGUUAUUGAUGGCUUUGCUGCUUUAAAUGCUAAUAUCAUUUAACUUCUGCCAGUUCCUGUAGAGCAUAAUUCUACUGGUGCAUGAUGCAGUUAAAUGUAAUGGAAAUUGCCACUGAUUAUAUUUUAGGUGGUAGCUUUAUGAAGUACAUAUGUGCAGUAUUAAUACUUGUAACGUUUUGUUUUUAUUGGAAUGUGUAGUAGCAGUAUUCAUGUUUUCUUGGAGAGUAGGGAACUGCGAUUAGUGAUACAGAAAAGGCGGCCCACGCUGGUUGUGGAGCCCUUUGGCGUCUUAUUGAAACAGGUCAAUCAAACAAGUAUAUAAGGACUUGUCAGUGGUUUAAAGACAACAAAAAGAGCAUAUUUUUUUCUCCUGCAUGUAACCUACUGCUAUGAAAGCCAUCAGGAACCCAGUUCUGGAGAAGUUCCUGAUUUGUUUUUUGGGUACUUAACUGGUUAAAGGGCUCUUGGACACUAAUGUCUGUAAUUCAGUCAACAUUCUGGUUGAAGAACUGGAAUCACAUGCUUAGCAGGCUUGGACUCUAGCAUUGUUUAUCAUCUCCCUCUGUACAUUGUUGUCUUCUGAGACUUAUAUGGGAAACCAGGUUAUUUUUCUGUUUGUUUCUUGUUUUUCAUUAGUUGAGUACAUUAAGCCCUGUGGUUUAACUGCAGUAUGGAUGUUUAUGUGGUCUAGCCAUGUUGGAAUGGAAAAUAUGAAAAUAGACUGGUAGCUUUUAUGUCCCAUUAUAAUUUUUAUUACACAUCACUUCUUAACUUGCACAUUUUAUUGUAUUCAUUUCUGUGUGUGCCUUUUUUGAGAAGUUGGACCUGCUUAGGUUUGGUAGUUGCCACAAUGGGCAAUCGUGGCAUUGUUGGGUGGUUGUAUAGGACAACCUGGCCAAUACCAUUGUUUGCAAUGUCUAGGGACAAGAUUUGAAUGUACUAAUAAGUCUUUAAAUAAGACCAUAAACUGCUUAAGCUAGAUAUAUCCACUUGUUAUCUUUCAAGAGCCAGAAGAACCACACUUGUCCUUGUUUUAUAUCUACUCCUUUCAUUGGUAAAGUCAGAUUUGUUUUGGACCAUAUAUUGUAUUGUGGAAAGGGAAAAGUGCAUACUCUUGAAAUUGACUGCACUUCCCUUUGUUAACCCCUUGUUAUUGCAGGUAUAUUCAGCAGAGUUGGUUGUAAAAUUGUUCACUUUAUUAGACAUACACUUGCUCCUGCACUACAUCUAGGCCAAAGACUAUCAAUACUUCCAGUUUCUCCUACAUAAUGCUGUUAAAGCUUUCCCUUAAGUCCCCAUAAACCUAAUAUAAAUGAGUUGAUUUAGCUGUGUUGAUGAUUUGGCCACAGACCUGUACAUGUGUUGUAUUAUGGUGUUCUGAAAAGGCCCCAUGGCUUCCCCCGAACCUUUUACGAAAUAUUGGACUUGCUGCCAAAAAGGACACUGCGGCUCUUAGUGGGCAGCCAUGUUUUCUCUAGGUGUUCAAGAAGAACUAUAUAACGUAUAGUUACAGAUCUAGGAACCUCCUAUAUUUUGGUACUUUUUUUUUAUAAAUAAGAGUGGCUGGAAGUGUAUUAGAGGUAUAUUCAGCAUAUGUUUCUUUCCAAUGGCCAGUGUAAAAUAAAAAUCCCCCGUGAACAUGACCCUCUGCCUUAGUGUUAAGAAUACACCUACAACCUCCUUAUAAUUUACCUUGCCCCUCUUCUCUUUUCCUCCCUGUAGGCGUAUGAGACGUCUUGCCAACACUGCACCGGCCUGGUAAACAGUCCCCUCCCGACGAAACUCACGGUUCACAUCCUGGAGAUGGAACCUCUUCCCAUAAAUAAACAAAAAGUAACAUUAAAAAGAGAAAAAAAAAGAAAAAUGUAAAAAUUACUAAGACUAAAGAUAUGUGGAGGAGAGGAGGGUGGUCCCAGCACCUCUUGAGCCCAAAUCAGAAGGUGCGGGGGACCCACACAUUCCACUUUUAAAGCAGCUGGAUGCUGCUGAGUUUGACUCCCUCACAUCCUUUCCUUCCAUGUACAGAGUGUGAAGCAUUUAGUGCUACCUGACUACCGGAAGACCUGAGACAGAUGUCCCAAGCCCUCCUUUAUACCUGUAUACGUGAUAUGUAAAGCUUUUUUGUGUUCUAUUUUUAAUUUGUAUAGGUGCUUAAUGCACUUGUAGAGAAACCUUUUUGAAUAAAAGUAAUGCUCAAUA